UAAAAGCAGCAGCAUCCCACAAACACCCCAUAAAGCUCACAGCAGAUCACGCACAGACAGUCACGCACGGACACGCAGACAGAGCGCGCGGGAUGCGUGCGAUCUGACGGACAGCAUCUCGUUACAACAGAGAAUCAGCAUCAUGACCAGGUCUGUGCGGGAGGAGCAGGAGCAGGAGGAGCAGCAGGAGCUCCGGAGUCCCACAGGAAGAGACUCUGAGCGGGAGAGAGGAGGAGGAGCUGCUGGAGGAGGAGGAGCAGGGGAGGAGGAGGAGGAGGACCGCUUCCACCAUCUGGAGGACGAAGAGGAGGACGACGACGAGGAGGAAGAAGAGGAGGAGGAGGAGGAAGACGGAGAGAACAAGCCCAAGAGGCGAGGGCCGAAGAAGAAGAAGAUGACGAAGGCUCGCCUGCAGAGGUUUAAGGUCCGUCGGAUGAAAGCUAACGCCCGGGAGAGGAACCGCAUGCACGGGCUGAACGACGCUCUGGAGAGUCUGAGGAAAGUUGUCCCCUGUUACUCCAAAACCCAGAAACUGUCCAAGAUCGAGACGCUGCGCCUCGCCAAGAACUACAUCUGGGCCCUGAGCGAGAUCCUGCGCUCCGGGAAGGCGCCCGACCUCAUGAGCUUCGUCCAGGCGCUCUGCAAAGGUUUGUCUCAGCCGACCACUAACCUGGUCGCCGGCUGCCUGCAGCUGAAUCCUCGGACCUUCCUUCCGGAGCAGACCCCCGACCUGCCGGCCCACCUUCCCCCCGCUGGCGCUGCCGCCUACCCCGGACACUUCUCCUACCAGAGCCCCGGGCUGACGGCCGGCCUGCCCAGCCCCCCCUACGGCACCAUGGACCCGUCCCACAUCUUCCACCAGGUGAAAGGCCAGCCCUACGGCCCUCUGGAGCCCUUCUUCGACGGCGUCCUGGUGUCGGACGGCCCGGCCUUCGACCCGCCGCUCAGCCCGCCGCUCAGCAUCAACGGGAACUUCACCUCGUCCUUCAAACACGAGGCCGUCGCCGCCGCCGAGUACGACAAGAGCUUCUCCUUCAGCGUCCACUACGGGGGAGGAGGGGCCGGCGGACACGGCGCCAUCUACGGCAACGGGGGGUCCAACCCGCGGUGCGCCGACAUGCAGGUGGACGGGCUGAUGGGCUUUGACGGACACUCGCACCACGAGAGGCUGAUGAACGCCCAGCUGAACGCCAUCUUCCACGACUCCUGAGGACGAGGAGGACGAAGGACUGAGAGCCUGAUGGAGACAAGAGAGACCGUUACCAUGGAGACAGACAGUCCCACGUCCUUCUAUCCUUUCAUCUUUCUGUCUGUCCUCGCUUCUCUUCUUUCUGUCUGCGUCAGCGAUUCUUUCUGGUGAUGUAACCUUCUUCGUAGCGCUUCGUCCUGCAGGAGACGCUCUCUGAAUGUCUCGUUAUUGUCCACGUUAAAAAUAAUCAGUAAUCACUGAGCAAUAAUCUGGAGGAAACUAUGCAAUUUUGUUAAAACCUGAGUGUCGCUCAGCGGAUAAUUCCAAAUGUUGAAAGAAUAAAGAUUUCUCUAUUUUUGGUCAGUGUGUGAGGUGGGGUUGGGCCGGCGUCGGGUCGAAGUGUUCACGUUGUUCAUGUGGUUUUUACUUUUUGCUUUUUAUAACGUUCCUGUAGUGUUCUGUUAACAUUUCAUGUGGUUCAUAUUUUAUAUGAUAGAUGUUUAUAAAGACCUUUUAUUAAAAGGAUCGAUGUGAUUCGA